AUGGAGGGCAGAUCGCUCACCACAGUUUGUACACUUUUACUAUUUGUAACUUUAAUUUCACAUGUUUCAGCAACCCAUUUUAGAUAUGGUACAUUAUCUUGGGUUCAGUCAACAUCAAAUGAUAGAGCUUGGACCUUCACAUUGAAGGCAGCUUUCAGAUAUUCCUACUUCCCAGAGAAUAGCAUCUACCCCAAGGUUGGUGAUACCAUCACCUACGGUGUUUUCAGUUUCGAUUAUACAUACAGAGCUUGUUUCAUUUUCUGCUGGGAUGAAACAGACACUGACCAAUACAACAUCAAAUGGGUUGUCAACAAUAUUGAUCUCAACUCUGAUUGGAUUACAGCAACUAUGAUUCAAGGUUUCUCUGCAACCAGCGGUAUUUUCUGGAUCAAGGGUUACUACUAUGGACAAAACAGAUUGUCAACAUUGGUAAACAAUGCUGAUGGUGCAUGGAAUCUCCAAGUUAUUAUGCCACUCAAGAAUGGUGUCACUGGACAAGUUUCACCAACUUCAUCACUUCUACCAGUUAUUCCACUCAAUUUGCAAGAUCCAUCUUCAAAGAUUUUCCCAAUUCCAGCCAACGACCCAAGUAAAACUACUCUUUCCUACUCACUUGCAUCAUCUAGUGUCAUGGCAGGUAGCCAACCAAAUGGUCUCUCCAUUUCUUCCAAUGGUAUUGUAACUUUCAAUCCAACUCAGACUGGUGUUUUCAGUGCUCAAGUCCUUGUUACCAAGUCUUACUCUGGUGCUGGAACUACAUCGUACAUUCCAGUUGAUUUCCUUGUCAACGUUACCAACACACCAAUCAUUGCCACUCCACCAUCUUUUAUUGUCCCAACUCCAACCAUCGGUACCACUCUCCAAAUCAGUGCUAGAAUUCUUUCCAACAUUGUUUUGGCUGCCUAUACUCCAAUGUCCGGAAGAACUUGUGAAAUUUCUAUUGGUGAUUUGCCAACUGGUGUUGUCCGUCAAUCUCCAGUCGUCAGUGGUUCCUACACCAAUGUCACUCUUCAAUGGCUUCCAGAUACCUCUGCAGUAGGUACCUACAUUAUCAAUUUGUCCACCAAGGACAAUCAAGGUGUCGUCAUGUCCGGUGGUUCCCAAUACUUCUAUUUGCAAGUUACCAUGCCACAAUGUGGAAACGGUCAACCAGUGGGCGGUGUCUGCCAAUGUGACCCAGGAUGGACAGGUCCAAAGUGUGAUCAAUGUGCUCCAGGUCGUUACGGUCCAAACUGUAUUGUAACUCCCCCAUGUGUCAAUGGUGUUCCAUCGGAAGGUACUACCGGUACUGGUAUCUGUACUUGCAACCAAGGUUGGACUGGUCCAUCCUGUAACCAAAACAUUAUCCAACGUUGUAGUUUGUCUAACCCAUCCACUAUCAUUUCUCAACAAAUUGCUUUGGCUUCACAAAUUUUGCAACCAGCCGGUUCACAAGUUUUCCUCUCUGCCGGUUCCUUGUCAUCCGUCAACUUCCCCUCAUACAUAAAUCAACCAAAUAACUUGGCUUUGGAUAUCUACUUUGUAUUCGAUUUAACCUCAGCAUCCUCGAUUCCAGCAACCACUUUUGCCAGUCUCAAAACCUCCUUCCCAACUUUGGUCACCAAUUUGGUAGGUGUAAGACCAGUUAUCAAGUAUGGUGUUGGUACCUUCUCUGACUCUGUCGCUUCCGCCAGUCCAUUCACCCUCAAGUCCUACUUGAAGACUGGAACUGAUAUUAUGGCAACCAUCAACUCAUUGGCUUUCACCACUGCUGCACCAUUGCAAGAUCUCCCAUACACUGCAGUCACCCAAGGAAUUCCAUACAUGACCUGGUCAAGUGCCAACUCCAUCAAGUCAGUCAUCUUGAUUACCGAUAACAACAUUGCACCAUCAACUGCUGCUUUGAAUCAACUCCAAGCUGCUUUGACCAACUACAAUGUAUUGCUCGGUGUCUUUGCCUAUGGUAGUUCCUCAACCUACAAUUGGUUGUCUCCAGCCAAGCUCGGUGCCAACUUGGAUUGGUCCGCUUCCUCCAACUGGUUCGCUCAACUUCCAAACUUGGUUAGCACACUCGGUAGCAGCAUGAACAUCUUUGUUGCCAGUGACACCAGUUCAGUUGUCAAUGCUGCUCCAGUGUUGACCAGCAAUACUGCAACAUUCGCCAACUUCACCACCGUCCUCAAAUUCCCAGUCGCACCAAUCACCGACAACAAUCCAACUGUAACUCUCCGUUCUCCAGGUUUCGGUCACCAAAUCAUCAAUAUCCAAUAUAACCAUGCUCCAGUGACCUCAUCGUUCUCGAUCACCGUAAAUGAGAAUACAGGUGUUGGAACUGCACCAACUACAACCUUUGCAGUCUCGGCCAGCGACGUUGAUUUCAACGUUCUCUCUGUAAAUUUCGCCAAGCUCCCAACUCUUGGUACUUUGUUGUACAAGGGUAAUCCAGUCACCGCAUUGACUGAUAUUUCACCCCUUACUCCUACAUCAAAAGAUUUCACUUUUAAUCCAUCGCUCUACAAAUACGGUAGUGAGCAAAUCACUUUCACCGUUUCCGACGGUUGUCUCCAAACCACCGGUACUUUGACCAUCAACGUCAACAUGCAAAAUAUCGCACCAACCUGUUCCAACGUUGCCUUUACUGCCGAUCAGUUCAACAGCAUCAACUUCACCCUCUCUGGAACAGAGUUCAACGGUUUGAGCCUCAACCUCCAAUUGUCCUCGACCAUUGCUCAACUCGCUAGCAUCGGUACCAUUAUGUACAACGGUCAACCAGCUGUUGCUUCUACCAACUAUCCAAGCCCAUCGAACUUCACUUUUGUUCCAAAGAACUCAGCUGUCAACGGUCCAUACUCCACUUCAUUCAUUGUCACUAAUCCAGCCACUCUUUCCAAGAUCUGUACUUUGACAAUCACAGUUGCCCGUCUCUACUUGCCACCAACCAUCAGCAUUGUCACCUCGCAAACCAUGACUCCAUUGACCACCAAGACUAUUCCAUUCACCAUUUCCAGUUAUGAAGAUAUUCUUAAGGUCAAUAUCACCAGCAUCAGUCCAGCCAGUGGUAAAUUCUAUGACAAUAACAACAGUCCAAUCAACUCUGCUCCAUACCAAUUCGGUACCUACACUCUCACCGGUGUCUACUCAGCAUCUGCCAAUAUCUACUAUGCUGCUAUCAACGCCAACGAGAACAACAUUGCCUUCACCAUCCAAGUUGCCGAUUACUUUGGUGGUACCGAUACCAAGACUGUCACCAUUGCCGUCACUGGUCCACGUGUCAACCAUCCACCAAUUGCCAACGCAAUCCCAACUCAAGUAUUGAAUGAAGACGAUGUCUCUGCCACCAUGGUUCUCAACGGUUCCGAUCCAGAUCAACCAAGAUACGAUAACACCCUCAGUGUCAUCAUUAUCAAUUCCCCACAAUCCGGUGUUUUGACCAACCCAGACGGUUCAGCUUUGAACAACUUUAACAACGCUCCACUCAAUGUCAUCUACAAACCAAACACUGGAUUCUACGGACAAGAUCAAUUCACCUAUGCCCUAGAAGAUUCUCUCAGUGCUUCAUCCAACCAAGUUGUAGUUACCUUGAAUGUUAACCACGUCAACCAUGCCCCAACUAUCACUCUCCCAAGUUUGGCUCUCUACGGUCAAACCGGUGGUCAAACCCCAACUCAAACCUUCACAGUUGUCCCAUCAGAUGUUGAUGCCGGUGAUGCUCUCACUGUAACCGUUUUGACUGUCCCAACUCCAGGUGCUUUCUCUCUUGCUGCAUCUGGUGUUGCUGUUACCGCAGGUACUGUCAUUACCACAUUCGACCUUAUCUACACUAUCCCAGUUGCCAUCAACCACGAUUUCGUCUCCUCGUACUCUAUCAAGGUCUGUGACAACUACAGCCCACAAUUAUGUUUCACUCAGACUGCCCCUGUCACUUUCAACUUCACCACUAUCCAUCCACCACCAACCUGUCAACCAGUAACCAUCACCACUGACCAAUUGACAAACUAUCCAUUCACUCUUACUGGUGCCGAUCAAGAUUCAGCCCCAGGAACUGUCACUGCCCAAAUCACUGCCUUCCCAGGUUUGUCAACUGUUGGUUCACUCUUGUACAACGGUCAACAAAUCCAAACCACUGACCAACUCGUUGUCCCAGCUGCAGUUACAUUCUCUCCAUUGGCCACCACUGAUAAUGCCAACGUUCCAUUGGCCUACACUAUUGUAAAUCAAUUCGGAAUGAGUGUACAAUGUCCACUUACUUUGAUUGUCAACCGUGUUGGAGUUGCUCCAACUCUUCAAUUGUCCGACACCAUCACCAUCACCCCAGAUGUCAACAAGUCAAUUCCAUUCACCGUUUCCGAUCUCGACUUCAAUGAAGUAUUGACUGUUACCGUUACCUCUGUCACUCCAUCGUUCGGUACUUUCUACGAUCAAAACAAUGUCACCAUCAACACUGUCAACCAAGCCCUCGGUAGCUUCAAUGUUGCUGCCACUCACACCUCCAGCUCAUUCUUUACCUACAAGGCAUCUAACCAACAAUACUCUGGUGUUAGCAUCACUCUCUUGGUUACCGAUUCCACUGGUAAAACUGACAGCAAGACUCUCAACAUUGUUGUCUCUGGUAGUGUUGUAAGUUAUCAACCAGUUGCCAACCCAGUUGGUCCAAUUGUUACCGACCAAAACGGACAAUCCGAUGAAUACACUUUCACCGCUUCACAUCCAAAUAUGCCAGCAUACAAUGGCGCCCUCACUGUCGUCAUCUCAACUCCACCACAACGUGGUAGCAUUGUCAACCAUACCUCUUUGGCUACUCCAACCAAGUUCAUCUAUGUACCAUCACCAAACAUCUUUGGUACUGACAGCUUCCAAUACUACGUUGUCGAUGACAAUGGUAUCACCUCCAACAUUGUCCCAGUUGCAGUCACCAUCAACAAGGUCGAUUACCCACCAAUCAUUGAUUUCAAUCCACCAACUAUUGUCGCCACCGGUGAUUGUCUCACUCAACCAUCCUCAAUUCCAUUCAACUUGACUGUUACCAACAUCAACGAAGUCGAUUUCUACAAUGUCACUCUUACUGUCCUCCCAACCAAGGGAUUCUUCUACUACAAGGGACAAAAGAUUGUAGCCGUUCCAUUCCCACUCCCAAUCGAUCAAUUGGAGAACACCCUCACCUUCUUGUCAAAUGACAUCAAGUUUGGUUAUGCCGACACCUACCAAAUCACCUCAUGUACCAACAUCAAGUGUGGUAACACCACCGGUAAUAUCUUGUUCGACUACUCCUAUUCCACUCCAGUCGGUGCAACUCAAGACGUUGUCACCCUCCAAGACGCUCCAGUUGCAUUCACUCUUGGUGGAUCCGUUUGUGAAGGUGAGACCGUUUUCUUCCAAUUCCUCUCACUCCCACUCUAUGGUGUCUUCAUUGACUCCAACGGUAACAACAUCACCUCAACUACCACCAAUGUCACCAACCCAUCUGUCACAUACGCACCAAACGCUGGUAUCUACGGUCGUCCAGUCGAGACUGUUUACUACCAAGUCUUAUCUCACCGUGGACAAGUUUCAAUCUCAUACCCACUCAACUUCUAUGUCGAUCAAGUUAUCUUCCCAACAUACAAUGGUCCACUUAACUUCACCACCUAUGAGAACGUUUCACUCCCACUCAUGUUCACAGAGUCCAACGUCGUUGGUUCCAUGAUUCAAAUUCUCUCCUACACUCGUAAGGGUGAAUUGGUAUACCACUUCAACGAAACCUCUAAUAUCAACAUCACCAAGAGUGGUUUGCAACGUGGAGGUGCCUCACCAUACAAAUUCACCUACUACCCACCACCAGGUGUCUUUGGUCAAGAUUUGGAUAGCUUCCAAUUUGUAUUGGCUCAAAACUUCACCUCCAAGGUUUACACUGUCUACAUUACCGUUCUCCAAGUAUUCGUUGCUCCAGUUGUCAUCCCAUUGACCUACACCAAGGAAGACGCACUUGUUACCCCAAUCCAAAAUGGUAUCGCCCAAGUAUUGACCAACGGUUCAACCGUUCUCACCUGGAAUGUCACCUCUGAAGAUUUGCCAUGGGCUACUCUCACCAGCAAUGUCACCACUCCACUCAACAGAGGUCAAUUCUUCCAAUAUGUCGAUGGUGUCAAGGGUGCUCUCAUCUCUGGUACCAAUCAACAAGUCAGCCGUUCCUCCAACGGUCUCUGGAGUGUCUUGUAUCAAACCCCACUCGGUAGAUCCGGUAAGAAAUUCGCUACUCUCUUGGUCUAUGCCUACGACGAGAAGGACUUGUCAAGCAGCAAGACCAUCUCAGUCGAUGUUUUCCCUAAGAAUGUUCCACCCGUUGUAACACUCAACCAAACCGUCCAAUACGCCAGCAACAAACUCUCAUUCGCCUUUAACAAUGUCUCUGUCUACGAUUUCGAAUCGUUCGGUAACACCAACAACAUCACAAUAACUGUCAACCUCACUGACUCUGCCACUGGUGAACUCGCCACCACCGGAUCGAUCUACAUGCAAUACGCCAGUGCCGAUUCCUGUUCAACUCUUACCAACACUUCCAUCACUUGUUUGAGCACCAACAAUCUCCUCAACUACUAUUUGAGCUCGUUGACAGCCUCCUUCACCAAGUCUGGUAACUACACAUUAGUAGUAUACGUUAACGAUCUCGGAUACAUCCGUACUCUUAACAUCUACAAUAGCGUUGAUCAAUUGAGCGACACCAAGACCUCAGUCAUCAUUGUAACUGCACCAGGUAAUGGAGGUGGUAACAAGACUGUUGUUAUUUCCGCCGCUAUUGCUGCCGCUGCUGUUGCCGCUGCCAUCAUUGCCCUCGGUGUCUGGAGAGUCCUCAAGGCACGUGCUCCACCAACUGAUGCCUUCUUCGGUGACUCACCAUUCUCUGACGGUUCCGUCUCUAGUAACCCAUUGUACGAACACUCUCCAAAUUCUGGUAACAAUCCAUUAUACGAAGGUGGAGUCAAUUAA